CUUCUGCCUGCAUCUGCCGCUCCCCGUCUCUCGUAGAGCCCGCCCCGGAGGAGGGGCCGGCUCCGCCCCACCUCCUCGCUGCCUCCCUCCCCCUUCCCUUGCUUUCCUCCGACCGCGCGCCCCCUCCUCCCUCCCCACCUCCCUCCCUCCCUCCUCCAUCCUUCCCCCACCCGGUUUGUGCGCCCCUCCCGCUGCGACUGGCUGGGACGCUCGGCCGCCCCCGCCCCAAGAGGGAGGCGGGGGCGCUAGCCGCGGCGGCCACCCGAGGCUGCGGAGGGGAACGAGAUCUGAGGCCCCGAGGCGGCCCUGCGUCUGGGCCGGGCACGCGGGGGCUGCCUGUGCACCCCCAGCCCCGGGCCGCGGGCCUGGCCUCGCCGCGGGCUGGAGGAGCCUCCUCGCCCCGGGCCGCCGGCGCCCUGAGCCUUCCCGACCCCGCAGGGGAGCUCGCCCACGGCCCCCCAUGAGCGCGCCCGGCUGAGGGGCGCGGCGGCCGCGGUGGAGCCGGCUCUGAGCAGCGCGGGCGGCGGGGCCAUGGCCUCGCUGGACCUGCCCUACCGCUGCCCGCGCUGCGGGGAGCACAAGCGCUUCCGGAGCCUGUCGUCGCUGCGCGCGCACCUGGAGUACAGCCACACCUACGAGACGCUCUACAUCCUCUCCAAGACCAACAGCAUUUGCGACGGCGCCGCCGCAGCGGCCGCCGCCGCUGCCGCCGCCGCCGCAGCAGCCUCGGGCUUCCCGCUGGCGCCCGAGCCCGCCGCCCUGCUGGCGGUGCCCGGCGCGCGGCGCGAGGUCUUCGAGAGCACGUCCUUCCAGGGCAAGGAGCAGGCGGCCGGGCCGGCGCCCGCAACGCCACACCUGCUGCACCACCACCACCACCACCACGCGCCCCUUGCCCACUUCCCGGGCGACCUGGUACCCGCCAGCCUGCCCUGCGACGAGCUAGCUGAGCCGGGCCUCGUGCCCGCCGCGCGCUACGCGCUGCGCGAGAUCGAGAUCCCGCUGGGAGAGCUGAUCGCGCGCAAGUCAGUGGCGUCCUCGGCGUGCUCGACGCCGCCGCCCGGGCCCGGCCCCGGCCCCUGCCCCGGGCCGGCCUCAGCCUCUCCCGCGUCGCCCUCGCCGGCCGACGUGGCGUACGAGGAGGGCCUGGCGCGCCUCAAGAUCCGCGCGCUGGAGAAGCUGGAGGUGGACCGGCGGCUGGAACGGCUGAGCGAGGAGGUGGAGCAGAAGAUCGCGGGCCAGGUGGGCCGGCUGCAGGCUGAGCUGGAGCGCAAGGCGGCGGAGCUGGAGACGGCGCGCCAGGAGAGCGCGCGGCUGGGGCGCGAGAAGGAGGAACUGGAGGAGCGUGCCUCCGAGCUCUCGCGCCAGGUGGACGUGAGCGUGGAGCUGCUGGCCUCGCUCAAGCAGGACCUGGUGCACAAGGAGCAGGAGCUGAACCGAAAGCAGCAGGAGGUGGUGCAGAUCGACCAGUUCCUGAAGGAGACGGCGGCACGGGAGGCCAGCGCCAAGCUGCGGCUGCAGCAGUUCAUCGAGGAGCUGCUGGAGCGGGCGGACCGCGCCGAGCGGCAGCUGCAGGUCAUCAGCAGCAGCUGCGGCAGCACGCCCAGCGCCAGCCUUGGCCGCGGAGCUAUGGGCGCCGGGCCCCGGGGCCCGGGCCGAAUGCGAGAGCACCACGCAGGCCCAGCCGUGGCAAGCACGUACGCGGUGUCACGGCACGGCUCUUCUCCCAGCACAGGAGCCUCCAGUCGCAUGCCAGCUGCAUCCCAGAGCUCAGGUUGUUAUGACAGUGACAGUCUGGAGCUGCCCCGGCCAGAGGAGGGGCCCCCUGAGGACAGCGGCCCUGGGGGCCUGGGCACAAGGGCCCAGGCUACCAAUGGGGGCUCCGAGCGCUCCCAGCCCCCUCGAAGCUCCGGCCUGCGGCGCCAGGCCAUUCAGAACUGGCAACGCAGGCCCCGCCGACAUAGCACAGAGGGCGAGGAGGGGGACGUCUCGGAUGUGGGCUCACGAACCACCGAGUCAGAGGCCGAGGGCCCCUCAGAUGCCCCCCGCCCUGGGCCUGCUGUGGCUGGGCCGCUGAGCAGCUGCCGGCUCUCAGCCCACCCCGAGGGAGGCAGUGGGCGAGGUCGGCGAGCCGAGAGGGGCAGCCCCUCGCGCUCCAACGAGGUCAUCAGCCCGGAGAUCCUCAAGAUGCGCGCGGCGCUGUUCUGCAUCUUCACCUACCUGGACACGCGCACGCUGCUGCACGCCGCCGAGGUCUGCCGGGACUGGCGCUUCGUGGCCCGCCACCCCGCCGUGUGGACCCGGGUGCUGCUGGAGAAUGCUCGAGUCUGUUCCAAGUUCCUGGCGAUGCUGGCCCAGUGGUGCACCCAGGCCCACUCGCUGACACUGCAGAACCUGAAGCCCCGGCAGCGAGGGAAGAAGGAGAGCAAGGAGGAGUACGCCCGGAGCACCCGGGGCUGCCUUGAAGCAGGGCUGGAGUCCCUGCUGAAGGCGGCCGGCGGGAACCUGCUGAUCCUGCGCAUCUCCCACUGUCCCAACAUCCUCACCGACCGUUCGCUCUGGCUGGCUAGCUGCUACUGCCGCGCCCUGCAGGCUGUCACCUACAGGAGCGCCACAGACCCUGUGGGCCAUGAGGUCAUUUGGGCACUGGGCGCAGGCUGCAGAGAGAUCGUCUCCCUCCAGGUGGCGCCACUUCACCCCUGCCAGCAGCCCACGCGCUUCAGUAACCGCUGCCUGCAGAUGAUCGGCCGCUGUUGGCCCCACCUCCGGGCCCUGGGGGUUGGGGGUGCCGGCUGUGGGGUACAGGGCCUGGCAUCACUCGCAAGAAACUGCAUGCGGCUGCAGGUCCUGGAGCUGGACCACGUGUCAGAGAUCACCCAGGAGGUGGCGGCCGAGGUCUGCCGGGAAGGCCUGAAGGGGCUGGAGAUGCUGGUGCUCACGGCCACCCCAGUCACCCCCAAGGCCCUGCUGCAUUUCAACAGCAUCUGCCGAAACCUCAAGUCCAUCGUGGUCCAGAUUGGGAUUGCUGAUUAUUUCAAAGAGCCCAGCAGCCCUGAGGCCCAGAAGCUGUUCGAGGACAUGGUGACAAAACUCCAGGCUCUGCGGCGGAGACCCGGCUUCUCUAAGAUCCUGCACAUCAAGGUGGAAGGCGGCUGCUAACCCGCGUAGGGGGCGGCAGGGCCCCUGCCAGCCCCACCCCAGGGCACUCUCUUUGAACCUCUGGAGGGACCUUGGUUUUGAGUAGACCUUCAGAGGCCUGGUGUUAUCCCUGUCCUCCUGCUGGACCAGCAGAGCAACAGAUCCAGGAUACUGCCUCCCCAGGGCAGGGGCUUGGACAGAAGCUGCCCUCCGCUCCCACCCCGCCCCCAACUGGAGCAGCCUUCUAGGCACAGCCUGCGAGGAGCUGUCACCACCAGCACCUGGUGUCAUCGCCCGGAGGAUCUGCAAUAACCACGCGGCGGCUCCUCCUUCCCAAGGCCCGGCCUCCUUGUCGGGGGGCUCCACAAGGCAGCUCCGACGCGGCACAGAGGGCUCUCCUUCCCCCAGCCCGUCCCAGCCCUCUGCGGGCACCCUCUGCAGACAGCCUGCCGGGGCUCUGGGUCCCCGUCUCUGGGAGUAACACAGGCAAGCCUGGGAGCCCAGGCACCUGGUCAGCUGACAGCUGGGGGGUGGGGGUGCUAGGGGGUAGUCUGAAAGGACUUGGCCCCAGGAUGAGAACGUCCCUCCCCAGGAGGCUGGAUGGCCAGGGGAGAAGACUUACAUAUGGCUCUAAGAAAGGCAAGACCAUUCCCCUUCCAUCCGCCACAUACCCUGCCACACCAGAGCUAAAAGGUGCAUGUUUUAUACCUACCAUUCAUUCCUGAAGGACCCUCUGCAGGGCCAAGGUCCCGGCCCUGGGAAGCUUGGUCAGCAGCGAGAAGUAGUUUCUGUCUCCAAGGGGUUUCCCUUUAACCCAGGAGCGUGGUCAGGAAUCUGAUGGCCUUCGGGUCCCCAAGGCUGUUGGAGGCACCAGGCUGUGCUGGGUGGGGCUGGAGGAGGCUCAGGGGAUGGCAGCUGCCUUGCUUCCAUGUUUAUGGUCAGCUGAUCUGGUCUGGGGGACCGGAAACUCUGGAGCCAGGGGAAAGGAGCAGCACCUCAAUCGACUGCUCCCCUUGUCCCAAUCCCUACCAGCCUCAUGGGGCCAAGGCCUGCUGUUGGGGGCCAGUGGGAGAUUUUAUGGGCCCUUGCACAGUCCCCAAAGGACCAGAGCUUGGCCCCAAGGCGCCAAAGACUGAGGUCCCCCCUGUUUCUCCCCUCAGAACUCGCGCAGUGGCUCAGAGGCUGGAGGUCCUGCCGACCUUCAUUUGGAAAGUUCAAACAUUUAACCUAAAGCUACCCUUGGGUUUCCUUCUGUACAGAACCAGCUCCCAGCCCUAGCCAACAGACUCAGCCUGGCUGGGGCUGGGGUCUCCUCUUUCCCAGCCCUCUCCAGGGACCCAGCUGUCUGCCACAAUCUGGCUUCAACAUCAAGGCCUGGGUUACCCUGCAGAGUCCUCCAGAGCUGGGCUCAGCAAUGCACCCUGCUCUGCAGGCUCCACUCCCUAGCUCUGGCUCAGCUCUUUUCAUCAUUGCUGGCUUGUGUGGCUUCUGUCCCUGCUCUCUGAAGACCUGAAAUACCAAGGGUGUAUUGUUGGCAACUCCUUGUCCAAUGCAUGAUGCCUUUGCUGUUAGCUACCCUGGUCCUGUCCCCAGGAGUCAUAGGAAGAAGCACAACUCUCCUCUCCUCUGGGGGCCUGGAAGGGGGGGUGGAGGUCCACUCGGGGCCUGGAUGCCCUGUGUAUGUCCAUCCUGCCUUGCCAACCAUAGGCCUGGAGCCCCUGCUCCCUGUGACUCCAAGACUAGAGGUGCUGCCCUCCAUGUCUCCUGGACAAAGCACAAAGGGACGCUCUGCUUGGCGUGAGCUCGCCUGAAGGAAAGACUCGUUGCCCUAGGAAGCCUCCAUCCCUGAAUACAAGGCUCUAGGCAAUUUCUCCCUGGGUGGUGCCCACUGAGGUGCCUGGCGUCAGCCCCGGGAAAGGCAAUCAGGGUGCCGUGGGCAGUGAGGUACGGUGGUGCUAAGAGGACUGACAGUAGUCAGGUUCGUUCAUUUGUGCACCAGCAGUGGUAGGAGCUGAAGGGUUAACAAGUCCCACCUCUGGGUUUUCCCAGAAGCCCACUGGGAUCCUUCACCCCAUUUUCCUGCUCUGUGUGAAGGAUGUGUGAGUACACAUUGUACAGUCCCAGCCCUUGGCAAUGCAAAGACAACUCACAGCACUUCCCACCACACAGCCACUACUGGGGGGACAGCCUUUGUGUACCCUGGCACUCCUACAUGCCCUGAGAACGGGCAGCUUUGCAGCCCCCAACCCGGCUCCCCCCUCCCAGCUCUCCUGGUGGGCCCCGCUGCUGAGUGGGGAGCUCUUGAUUGCUCAGCUGGAGCUGCUGGAGCUGAGGCUGGGCAGUGGGAAUAGGGCCUGGCUUUCCUGGAAGCACCCCAUGCUGCCCUCGCCCCAAGGGGAGCCCAUGCUGUAUCUCCUCCCUACUGAAGACACAAGAGGUGACACCUAGGAUAGCAAACCAAGGCAGGUGCUGCUCCAGAGACCCCUGCGUUGUGUAGAGGCAGUGGUGGCCACUGUGUCCUUUUCAGCCCUCCUGCCAAGCAGCCUGCCCCCCCCCCAACCCCGCCUCGGGGAAGGUUGACCGGUCUGGCUGCAGACCACUUUUUAUUCAGGCUGCUUCCCCUCAGCAGCAGUGGGGCAUGAAGAUACUUCAUGCAGGGAAAAAGAAUGGGCUGUCUAGAACCAUGAUACCCACUGGCCAGGAACAGCCACUAUAGGGUCAAGGCUGCUCUGAGUUUGAGCCAGUCCCUCAGGAAUUGCUGCAAAAGGGCUGCUGCGCAAGGUCUGGCUGUCCUUUGCCUUUGGGCUCUGCCUGCUCCCCAGUCCUGCUCCCUAAUCUGAUAGGUCCUAGGUGGGGAGCCGCCUACACCCCCUGGUCCCUCUGGCACUAAGUGGAAGGAGACCUUCCCAGAGUGACUGCUGGUGCCAAAGACCCCCAUUCCUGGCAAACUUGGGAGUGAAAACAGGAGAUGAGCGGGUGUGCGGCCCAAAUGCCCAGAGGAGUUACUGAAGCCAAUGGGAUCUGUCCAAAGCUGUCAUCGUCGAGUCUGUCAGCCCUGGCGCUUCCCUACCCUGGUGGCCAUGCUUUCUCACCCGACCCUGCUGCAGGCCUGCAUUUCUGUAUAUAUUGCUGUGUAUUGUGUGUAUUUAUUCCUGGACAAGUGUGUUCAUCUGCAGCCCUUGCCCGAGAAGGUUUAGGAUUGGGUGAAGAUCAGGAUACCAGGGCCAACAAAGGCAAAUUCCCUCCCUAACCCCUUGGGACCUCAGCCAGUCCCAAGACUGCCCUGACAAUCAGGCAGGCUCCCCACAAGGCCAAGCCUCCUGUCUCAGCCAGGAUGGGCCCAGGGAGGCUGAGCCUUGGGCUCCCCCAGCCUCAGCUGUGCCCUGGCAGGAGUGACCCAGGCUUGCCUUGUGACUGGCGCCAGGAGGUUCUGUUCUGGUGGGCACUGCUGGUGGAGACCUCCACAACUGGCCCCUGGGCCCUGCCUUGCCAGCAGUCAGGCUGCAGCAAGCCUGAUCUGUGAGGUAGCUCCCCCCAACCCCAAGCACACCAGGCAGAGGGGUGGGGAGCAAUUUUUGGUUUUACUUUUGUUUCUGAAGUGGUGCCUGUACCUCGAGCCCCCAGGGGGCCUUCCCUGGCCCCACUUCUCUGCUCAACCCAGGCAUCGCCAUCCCAGCACUUUGCUCCAUGUCACCCCACGAUGCCCCUUGCUGAAUGUACCCGAGUGUAUGUAUUUAAAAGGACUCACAUGGGCAUCAGAGAAUUUAUGACUCUGUAUCCAAUAAAAGAUGGUGAAACUGGUCUAUCUGUCCCAGGGAAGUAAA